GUCGGGAGAAUGUGACUCGGAGUGACAGACCCCGACGAGUGUUUUGCCAUUGAUUGAGUAAGCGCACAUCAGCACAUCGUUGAAGCAAGCGUCCGUUGAUCAACAAACAAUUGUCUCGAGCCUCCGACUCCAGCCUGCAACAUUCAGCCCUUCUUAACCGAAGCCUCCAAUACGCUCUUCUCAGCUCCAGAGUGCAGCAGCAAGAAAAAGCUUCUCCAGACUGAAUCUCUUGGACACCAACGGGGCAACAUGGAGCCGGUUGACAAAAAGCACCCAGACGAUCCACAGUCCGACCCCACCCCCGUCUCAUCUGGCUCCGGCCUUUCAUCUGAUGUCAAUCAGGUCCUCCUGCGUGAAGAAGACUUGUCGCCGAACCGGUCAAAAAAAGAUGAAAAAAGGGCCAUCUUGAAACUCGAUCUGAUCGUGUUACCCUUGAUCGUUAUGUUUUACUUCUUCUCGUCCUUGGAUCGGUCCAACAUCGGAAAUGCUCGAGUUGCGGGUCUGCAGACAGCCCUGAAGCUGUCGGAUCACCAAUAUUCCGUGGCACUCACGUCCACCUUCAUCACCUAUGUCCUGGUCAAAGUUCCAGCCAACUUGGUCCUCAAAAGGAUCGGCGCCCACAUCUUCCUACCUAUGAUCAGUUGCGCAUGGGGUCUGGUGACGUUCUGUCAAGGCUUUACCACCAACUUCGGGGGCUUAGUCGUAGCAAGGUUGUUCAUGGGAUUGGCCGAAGGGGGUUUGUAUCCUGCGAUUCUUCUCUACCUGAGUCAUUCCUACAGCCGGGAUCAGCUUCAAAUGAGGAUCGCGAUCUUCUACUCCUCAGCGUCGUUAUCAGGCAGUUUCUCCGGUCUUCUGGCCUAUGCCAUCCUCCACUUGCAUGAGACUUGGGGCAAACCUGCUUGGGCCUGGUUGUUUUUUAUUGAGGGCGCAGCAACCAUGUUAUUCGCGACGAUGGCCGCAUUCAUCUUUCCCGCUUCAAUCAACACCAAUCGAUUAUUAAAUGACAAAGAAAAACAGAUUCUUACAGCUCGCUUGGCCCGGAAGGCACCCUCCACCCUGGACCCAAACGAAAAGUUCAAAUUCUCUGAAGUCCUGGAAGCCAUCAAAAGUCCCCAUGUGAUCAUCCUGACAAUCACACAGUUCAUGAGUGGAACGGCCGCGUACAGUGUAACUUACUUCACCCCGACCAUCGUCCACUCUCUUGGGUAUUCGCCUUCUCGAACUCAACUGAUGACAUCCCCGCCCUUCGCUGUGGCGUUUGUUGUCAUGUUGGCUGGGGGUUAUUUUUCGGAUCGCUGCCAUGCCCGGGCGUUGACGGCCGGAGUAAGCGCUGCUGUUGCGUUUGUUGGCUUCAUGCUUUUUCUGCUCCUCGAUCCCUCCCAGACGCAUGCGAAGUACGGCUCGCUCUUCCUCGCGAUUCCAGGCGUUUUCUCGCUGAUACCCCCGAUUGGUGCAUGGGCGGCCAACAACUCUGAUGGCCAUUAUCGGAGAGCAACGGCGAUCGCCUUUUCGUACUCGACGUCCACUGUUGGAGGUAUACUCAGUACUUGGCUCUUCCCUCAUUCCCAAGCCCCGAGAUAUCGCCCUGGUAUCAUCGUCAAUCUCGUUUGGUGAGCAG